AUGGCGCCCGGUGGUCAACCUCGAGUUGACUGUUCUUGGUUCCGACCAAGUCUCUUUGCCUCCUUUGUCAUCAUCAUGCUCGUGAUGACGAGCAGCACUUUCUUCGCCUACCCAUGCAGAUGGCUGGCGGGCCGUGGGGAGUGGGCCUUUGCCCUUGUCACCGGCCCCCUCUUCCUUCUGACCCUCUGGAGCCUGGUGUCCUUGAAUGUGGGAGAUCCGGGCAUCAUACAUCGAGGCUCCUUGGAGCAGGACCCGGAAGCAGGACACACUGCCUGGAUGCACAGCCACGCGUUUCAGAUGCCCUGGUGUCACCAGUGCAAUUUCCAUCGCCCACCUCGCACCCUCCACUGCGAGACUUGCAACAUCUGCGUGGAGGAGUUUGACCAUCACUCGAGGUGGGUCAACAACUGCAUUGGGCAUCGGAACUUCCGGCUGUUCCUGCUCCUCCUGGUGUCCCUGUGUCUCUACCUGGUCGCCCUGGUAGUGACCUGCGUCAUCUUCGUGGUGCGCACCACUGACAUGGCACUGUCCUUGGACAAAAUUGUGGCCAUCAUCGUGGCUGUAUUGGCCACUGGCGCCCUGCUGCCUGUCAUCUUCGAGCUACUGGUCCAGGCUGUAGCCGUGAGCACCGCCAGGCGCCUCUACGAGGUCCAGGUACAUGUCAGAAGUUGUGUUGCUCCAGCAAGACUCAGGGUCCAAGUGGGAGCCGAUGGCGGCCCUGCAGCCACCAACAUUCUCCCCAGAACACCAUCGCCCACACCUCCCUGGGCCCAACUCUCAACCUGUCCCAGUGCUGCAGUGGAAGGCCCACAGGGAGACUUGGUCUCCUAUUCACCCCCUCCCUGUGAUGCCUGGAUAUGGACAUGCUGCGAGGAUGAGUAUGAGCGUGGAAUUGUAUCUCUGAUUGGAUUCCUCAAUGUGUCACAAAACAGAAAGUGGACCUCAUCAAAAGAACCUCUACGUGCUCCUUGUUCUGGAUCUGCCCCCGACCUCCUCACUCGCCAUCUUGCCCUGACUGCCUAG